GUUUCCGGGGUGGCGUAAAUGCGUCGGCUGGGGUAAGGGGGCGGAGCGUCGGUGAGUUAGAAUUUUGGCGGGUGACUAAGGGAGGCGCAGAGCCUUUAAGUGCGCCCGGAGAGUUUAUUUGGCGGGAAGACGGUGCGCCAUCAGAUUUCAAGAAGUAGUUUGCUACAUCUUUACUGGGGUUGCUGAAAAUAUGGAUGAUGACGAUAAUUUGGAUAUGUUGGCCUCCCUCUUAGAAGAGAAUGAGGCUGGUGAACAGGAAGGUCAGGAAGAAAAUGGAGUGAAUAGUGUGUCUACAGUUGGAGAGCCAGAUGAAUAUGAUCAGCUCUUUGAUGCAGAGGAUGAUGAAUCCUAUACUGAGGGGGUAGAGGAUGAUAGAGGAGACUCCAGUGACUCCAAGGAAAAUGUGGCUGUCUUGUUUGGUGACAUGAGUGACCGAUCAGAAGAGGAGGAGAAAGAGGAAGAAGCGCAUGGGGGGCCUCAUUCAGGAGCUGCUGAUCAGCCGAAGGAGAACACCAACCAAGCUCUGCAAGAUGAGUUGAGAAAAUUACAAGAACAAAUGAAGAAACUACAGGCACAAUUAGAAAUGACAGCAAUAGCACAGCCAGUUAACACUGUCUCCAGCAAGAAAGCAUCUGGUAAAUUGUCUGCACCUCCCUUAAAGGAAAGGCAAUCUCUGAAACUUCAAGAAUCACCAUGUUUCUCCACCCAGCUCAACUGUCCUGAUUUGCUACCAUCCAAACAUCAACCCCAGAAGCCCAAACCAUCCCUUUCUGGGAAUAAAAGCCAUGUGUCAAAGCCAGCUUCAGGGUUGGUACCUCUGCCUCUUAAGUCUGUCACUGGGAAUAGACCUGGAGUGGGCAUCAGUCAGAAGUCUCAAGUGCCGAAGAGUUCCAAUGUAAAUAAUCAAGAUGUCUCCUUGGAAAAAUACUCUGGCCUGAGGUUAAGAAAACCUCGUGUCUCUUCAGCUGAAAUGGAGAGAAAAAUGAUGGGCCGGAAGUUUAUUAGACUUUCUGUGUUAAAAGACAAACUUGCAUCUACAAAUCUGGAGGAAACAGACUGGGUGACAUUUGGAGUUAUCAUAAAGAAAGUCACUUCUCAGAGUUCCAAUAACGGUAAAACCUUCAGCAUCUGGCACUUGAACGACCUGCGUGACUUCAGCCGAUGUGUCUCAUUGUUUCUCUUUGGUGAGGUUCACAAAGACCACUGGAAGACAGACCAAGGGAUGGUCAUAGGCCUACUCAAUGCUAAUCUCAUGAAACCAAAAGACGGAUCAGACGAGGUUUGUUUAUCUGUCGAUCACCCCCAGAAGAUCUUGCUUUUGGGUGAGGCCAUGGACUUGGGAAUCUGUAGAGCUAAGAAGAAAAAUGGAGAGCCCUGCACACAGAUGGUUAACUUGAAUGAAUGUGAGUUUUGCCAGUAUCACGUACAAUCCCAGUACCGAAGGCUGAGUUCAAAGCGGGCAGACCUGCAGUCGACGUUCUCAGGCACUCGGGCGCCAAAACGAACUGCAAAGAAGAACCUUGGCUUGAAAGAAAGGCUUUGUCAGGAUGGGUUUUAUUAUGGAGGCGUUUCCUCAGCAGCUUAUGCCGCUUCCGCGGCUGCGGCGGCUGCUCCUAAGAAGAAGAUCCAAACCACUCUGUCCCAUUUGGUUGUGAAAGGAGUUGAUGCAGUUCUGCAGGAAACAAAGCAAAGGCUGGGUUUGCCGUGUUCAGAGGAGUUUAAAGAACUGUUGUCAGUGCCAUCUUUCGGAGCACGAAACCUAAAUAAACACUUGGCCAAAGCCAGUGCAUCAGGAUCUGGUGGGAAGCCAAGCCCGGCUUUCCAGUCCAUCUCCGCUUCAGCCCUGCUGAAGCAGCAGAAGCAGCAGAUGCUGGAAGCCAGGAAGAGGAGAUCUGAAGAAAUACAGAGAAGGUUUCUUCAAAGCACAAGUGGCAAGAACACAUCAGUAACACCAUCUUCCGUGGAACCAUCUGCUCUGCGGUCUCCAACUCCAGGAGCUGAAUUUCCUAAAGCUGUAAAGUUGUCAACCCCUCAAACUCCUAGACUUGGCAUGGGGUUCUCUGAAGGGGAAGAUGUUCUCUUUUUUGAUGACUCGCCUCUUCCACCACCCAAACUGAAUGGCUUGGCUGAAGCCAAAAAGAUAGCAGCAAUAAACAAACUGCGUGCAAAAGGCAGAAUCCUCUCUAAAGUGGACCCAAACAGCAUCAAGCGAAAACGAUCUGAUCUGGAUACUCUAGAAAUUUCUGAGAGAGUUGAGAAAAACACCCACGUUUCAGAAGGUAUGGAAAGUAAGAUGAUAUUUCUAAAACGACCAUAUCACAAAUUCAUGCUGAAAGGUAUUGUGUUGGAUCCCCCCACCCCGCCCACCCCCUGA